UCUGUAGCUUUCAUGAACACGUUCAGCGUAUAUCCACUGGCUGAUCUUUCGGCUGCACCUUCGCGCCGCGACUAGAGCGUUUAAUGAAAUUUCCAGCGGUAAACAGUGUCUGGCAAUAUUCAAAUUUACUUGCAAGAACCAGCAAUAUCAUAUUGUGUAUCGUGCUGUAUAAGAACGUGGGGUAUCGUUGCACAUCAUCCGGCCGUGAGCUUUUUCCAUCGGAAGAUCGUUGUAUCGUCGAGCACUGAUGUCAGGCAUAGCAAUCGCCAGGCUCGCUGAGGAGCGAAAGGCAUGGAGAAAGGAUCAUCCGUUUGGCUUUGUAGCUAGACCCACCAAGAAUCCAGAUGGUUCCCUCAAUUUGAUGAGUUGGGAAUGUGCAAUACCUGGAAAAAAAUCUACUCCUUGGGAAGGUGGAUUGUACAAACUAAGAAUGAUUUUCAAAGACGAUUAUCCAUCAAGCCCACCAAAAUGUAAAUUUGAACCACCAUUGUUUCAUCCCAAUGUUUAUCCAUCUGGUACGGUUUGCUUAUCACUACUGGAUGAAGAAAAAGAUUGGCGACCAGCAAUCACAAUCAAGCAGAUUCUCCUUGGCAUUCAGGAUUUGUUGAACGAACCCAAUGUAAAAGAUCCAGCUCAAGCUGAAGCUUAUACAAUAUACUGUCAGAAUCGUCUGGAAUAUGAAAAGCGCGUUAAAGCUCAAGCUAGGGCAAUGGCUCCACAAGAGUAAGUGCAGGAACACACCCAAUUAAACUCAAGAGAAACAUGUUACGCACAAUUGCUGUUCAAUAAAUAAUAUGUUAACUCAUAUUAUUUAUUGUAUCGUAGUUGCGUAAACAAUUCAAUAAAUAAUAUUAAGUAACAUUUUCCCAAGCUGAUCCAUUGCCCCUCUCUAUAAUUAAUCUUUUUUAAGAGUAUAAAAUCACAAUAUGUUGUAACUAGUUAAUUUUACGUCCUUGAAGUUUUUAUUUACCAGAUAUGUGUCAUAUAAAUACAAUUCUUGAAAUUCCAAAGUAGAAUACGUACCGACAGAUUGCGAUGUCACCACGUGACACCAUCAUUCUCUCAUGCGCGCAUAUUUUUUUAUUAUUGAUAUCCCAGCAAACAUAAUGACAUCGUAGACGUCAUUAAUACAUUUUUAAUCACGCCAGUGAUACGACAUUUCGUUUGCUGGGAUAUUAAGAGCUAUUAUAUGAACCUUAUAAUAUUGAUGAUUUAAGACAGAUAUCAAUUUUUUUCUUUUUUCUGAUUUAGUUUUGAUGUUUGAUCUGUGAUUUGUAUACGAUUCUGAUAUUACUUUGUCGAACAGAGAUGCGCACGGGAGAUGAAAAAGAUAGAGUCAACUUCUUGUCGGGCUUUAUUAGUUUCUUAUCCAUGUAUAAGACCUUUAAUAUUACAGUACACGUAGGUAAGCUUAUUUAAGACUUAUGAAGUAAUGUACAAAUCUUAAAGAAAGAAUAAAAGACUCUGACUCAGUAAGGGUUGCUCAAAAUGAAA